ACGAUCUCGCAAGUUUGAUAAAUAACAGUGUAUUACAUUUAUAAUGAUUAAAUAAAUAAACUAAAGUCUUUAUGCUGAAAUUAAAUUAAUAAAUUGAAAAAUCAAUUCGAAAAAGGUGAAAAUGCACUUCCGUGUCUUGGCUUUAGCCGUUUGGUGUGCUUUGAUAAAUAUUAUUGACUCCAAAGUAGUAUGUCUCUAUGAUGAUAGUCUAAAGACAUUUAAAAUUAGACGUUUAACAUGCUACUCUACGUUAAGUCAUAAUGUAUUAAGAAGGGAUGAUCUAUUCAAAGAAGGCGAUUAUACUGCAGCUACUAUUAGACGUUGUCAAAUAACCCAAAUAGAUGUUGACGGACUAUUCAACGCGAAAUUGGUUUGGGAUCUUAAUUUAUCAGAAAAUAAAUUAAAAAGUUUACCAUUGGGAGUAUUCGAUAUGAAUACACAUCUAGAGGAUUUAGAUCUAUCACAGAAUCUAUUAACAGAACUACCAGCUGGUAUAUUUAAUCGAACUAAACUAAGAAAUCUACAUUUAGGAGGGAAUAAUUUCAAAAAUUUCGAUACCGGCUUAAUAAGUUACAGUCCUAGGGAAAUGGUUAGUUUAGAUUUGACUUGUAAUUCUCUUAUCGGUAAGAAUUUAAACUAUGAUAUAUUAUGUGAUAUGGCGAUAUUAGAUUUAUCAGGAAAUGAUAUGAAUGAAAUCACAUUCAUGGGUAACGUAAAAGGCUUAAAAUAUCUACACAUGAAACAAUGUUCAUUGAAAAAUGUACCGGAUUUUUUAUCAACGGUAGAUUUAAGCAAACUUUUAGUAUUAGAUUUGCCGUACAAUGAAAUAACAGCCAUUGGAAAUGCAACAUUUCAUAAAUUAGUUCUUUUAAAGACUCUCGAUUUGUCAAAUAACCGUAUAGAAUAUAUCCAUAGAAAUGCAUUCGUGAACCUUCAAAUACUUGAGAAAAUCAAAUUGAACAAUAACAGAUUGAAUUACCUUUCUUUAGGAGUAUUUCAAAACAUACCUGCUUUAAAUGAACUUGAUCUUUCUCAUAACUUACUCCGAGAUAUUCAUCCUAAUUCAUUUGAUAACACAACAUUAAAGCAACUGAUUAUAUCUAAUAAUAGAAUAACAUUUUUAAAUCCAAAUCAAAUGUCCACGAUGUUAUCAAAUGUUAAAAGUUUAAAGGAUAUUGAUUUCAGUGAAAAUCCAUGGCAAUGCGCCUGUCUGAGAGAUUUGUUAAAUGAAUUAAGAAAUCAACUUUGUCAAUACAAUUAUUACGAUUAUAAUGGACAGAACGCUGUAUGUGUGACCACACCUGAAUUUAUUUGCAAACGAUACGAAGCAGCAAAUGAAUUGUUUAUUAAUAUGUAUGAUGAUUUAAUUGCUCCACAUUUAACACAGAAGAAACUCUUAUUUCCGGAUAUAAUAGAAAUUAUGGAAGGAGCACCAAGAAUACCGGUUCCUUGUCGCCCUCGUCCUUCGGAUGAAUAAACAUUUAGUGUUCUCCGUGAGUUUUCAAUAACGAAACACUCUUAUUAUCUUUGCAAAAAUAGAUAAAACAUUUUUUUAGAUGUUACAGCGGAGAGAAACUUAUGGGUAAUAUUAUUCAACUGAGUUAUCAAGGAAAUUGUACAGAAGGACCAAGAUACGAAUAAAAAUUGAAGACCAUAAAUUAAGAUAAAAAUAAAUACAGUUGUUUUUUUUUUAUUUUACA